GUACACAGCAAGGUUCUCCCUAGGACUCAAACUCCAGCACUCAACGCUUUUUUUCCUGAGUCUGAAUUCCAGUUCUAGAUCAUUCUGAGGGAACUGUCCUUGCUGCAGUGCACAACAGACCUCUCCUAAGAGGAGAGCUUUCCCAGAGGCUCAGAUCAAGGUCACCACUGCUGAGGAAGCAUUUGGUGGGCUUUGAAGACUCUGAGACAUGGGAUGGUCAACAGGGGUCAGGUGAACUUGGAUGUCUAAGACUCAAAAGGGGGUCUGACCUCCCUGGGUGAGUAGCUCCAUGGCUUGGGCCUCCAGCUUUGAUGCAUUCUUUAAGAAUUUUAAGAGGGAAAGCCAAAUCCUCUCUGAAGAAAACAUCAUCUUGAUUAAAUCCUACACUGAGACAAACAACCUCCAGAAAGCCCUUUCUGUAAUCCACAAUGCACUGAGAGACAUCGAGAAUGCCCCCCUGAACAUCGCUGUGACAGGGGAGACAGGGACAGGGAAGUCCACAUUCAUCAAUGCCCUGAGAGGGGUGGGGCAGGAAGACAUAGGUGCAGCCCCCACCGGGGUGACAGAGACAACCUGGGAAAGAAUUCCGUACCUGCACCCAAAGCUUCCCCAGGUGACACUAUGGGACCUGCCUGGUAUUGGAUCCACUUCCUUCCCACCAGAAAACUACCUAACAGAAAUGAAGUUUGGUCAAUAUGACUUCUUCAUUAUCAUCUCGGCUACUCGCUUCAAAGAAAAUGAUGCCCAGCUAGCCAAAGCCAUCACUAAGAUGAAGAUGAAUUUCUACUUUGUCCGAACCAAGAUAGAUAUUGACGUAGAUAAUGAACAGAAGAGUAAACCUAAGACUUUCAAUAAGGAGAAAGUCCUGAUGAAAAUCCGAGGUGACUGUUCAAGGCAUCUCCAGAAGGCUCUCUCCAGUGAGCCUCGAAUUUUCUUAGUCUCUAACUUUGAUGUGUCCGACUUUGACUUCCCAGAGCUGCAGACCACCCUACUGAGCGAGCUCCCAGCCCACAAGCGCCAUGUCUUCAUGCUGUCUUUGAACAGUGUUACUGAGGAAAUCAUUAACCUCAAGAGAGAUUCCCUGAAGCAGAAAGUCUUCCUAGAAGCCCUGAAAGCUGGAGUACUUGCCACCAUUCCACUUGGUGGCAUGAUCAUGGACGACAUAGAGAACCUGGAUGAAACUUUCGAUCUCUACAAGUCCUACUUUGGCCUGGAUGAUGCCUCACUGAGAAACAUUGCCAAGAAAUUUAACAUACCUGUCAACACACUCAAGGCACGCCUUCGGUUUCCCCAUUUGUUCACACAGAUGAACAAUGAGUCCUUAGAGGACAAACUGCGGAAAUAUAUCCAUCACAUUUCCUCAGUUACUGGUGGUCCAGUUGCUGCUGGCAUUUAUUUCAAAAAGUCUUACUAUUUGCAGAAUCUCUUUAUUGAUGCUGCAGCAAAUGAUGCCAUAGCUCUUCUCAACAAGGAAGAUCUUUUAGAAAACAAGGUGGGACCAUAUAUAUCUAAGCCUCCCGAUUACUGGGAAUGAUGGGAAAAUGAGGCAAAACUUCCAAUCAAUGUUUACUUUUGGCCUUGCUUUGGACAGUGAAACAUAAUCUACACCUGAGAAACAAACCUUGUCUGAGGGGCACCAGGGGGCUCCUCCUUUUCCUCUUCUGGAGCCAGAAGAUCACUGUGGCAAGUGUUCAAAUGUGCUGGAGUAGCAGAGCCAUCAGCAACAUUGUACAAAUGCCUGAGGAAACCUCCUUUCCAUUAAAAUGGUG